CGUGGUCCCCGGAUUUGGGUUGUUGCAGAGCGACGAAAAGCAACGCACGCGCACACAACAGACCUCGCUCACCGAAACGAUGGCACGAAUGAUUCGGUCCUGCCGGAUCCCCUCGGUUCUGCGGCGGAUCUGCACGGACAACGUCAUCCAGACGGCGCUCCUGGUCACCACCGACGGAGAGCUGCUCGGAUCGACGGCCACGACCUUUCUGAGCCCCGACGGGACGACGAGGGAAUCGAUCGACUCCCUGGGGACGCUCAUCGCCGACAUUGCCGUGGACUACGGCCGGCUCGGAGAAGAGUACGCGAACCUGGAUCCGGUCCCGCUUGCCCCCGUGGGGCCGGCGCAGCAGGCCCCCGGGGCGCCGGCGGGGGGUCCUUCCGCUCCCCCGGCCGGAGGGGUCCCGUCGUCGGUUUCCUCGACGCCGACGCCGAACCACACCGGCGGAAGCAAAAAGAGCCACCUGCAGUGCCUGCUGCUGGAGCUCGAGCUGGGGCUGGUGGCGGUAUCGGCCUGCGCGGGGGUCGAUUGCAUGGUGAUCGCCAUUGCGGCGCCCUCGGCGCCGCUGGGGAGCGUCAGGGCCCGGCUCCAGGCCAUUGCGGCGCACGUCCAGGAAGCCCUCGGCCCGCUGGCGACGGAGGCCAUCACGACCUCCUACCGGUAGGACCGGUGGCCCGGGACGCAUCCAGAGAGGCGGGGGAGUGGUCGGUUGGUUCCCGGUAUUCUUCCUACAACGCAUCCGACCGAUCGGAGUUUCCUCCCGGCACGGUUGUGAGUUUUGCUCUAGGU